AUGGCUCUCCUACUUCAUUGUCUCGGAACGGAGGGACAACGACUCUUCUAUACACUGCCAGACACAGGUGACACGCUGGACUCGGCAAUGGCUGCGUUGCAAACAUACUUCAAUCCAAAAAUCAACGUGGUAGCGGAGAGACAUUCAUUUCGCAAACGUGCUCAAGCUCCCAGUGAGUCAGUCUUACAGUACGUUGCAGCUUUAAGAGACUUAGUUUCCAAAUGUGAGUUCGGUGCUAAUACUGAUGAUAUGAUUAGAGAUCAGUUAAUUGAACAUGUCGCGAGUCACCGUAUACGCGAGAGGCUGUUGCUAGAGACCGAUUUGACGUUAACGAAGGCUAUUACAAUUGCCACUCAGAUCGAGGCUGCCGCAGAACAGGCAAAGAGUAUCGCAGGGAAUCAGCCCCUACCUGUACAGACUAUACAGUCGCGGUCAAAGGAUACUUCUGGUCGACGGAGACGCACACCAUCACGUAAGCCUCCUAACACUUCCUUUGGCUCUGGGGCGGUGUCAUCUACAUCCCGCACAUGCUUCCGCUGUGGGUCAGAUAAACAUUUAGCCAACGCACAACACUGCCCUGCUUCCCAAGUAAAAUGCAAGAAAUGUCAGAAGAUUGGACACUUUGCGCGAGUGUGCCGAUCGUCUGAAUCACGUGCAGUACACGAAGUUGCACUACCUGAAUAUACUGUUCUUUACAUGCACGACCUAGCAGCUACAAAUAGGAUUGAAUGCCCGGUCUACAUAAAAGCCUCCACUGCUACUAUCGAGGUUGCGUUAAUGGUGGAUACAGGAUCAUCCGUUUCUAUACUCCCAAAGUCCAUAUAUGAUGCAAAUUUUAGUUCUGUGCCCCUUCAGUCACCUACCGCUAACUUGGUAACUUACUCACGUGCACCGAUACCUGUGUUGGGUUGCUUGCCCGCCACCGUGUCUAGAGAUGACGUCACAUGCAGCGCAAAAUUCUACAUAGUUGAUUCCGGCACUGCAUUGCUUGGAAUGGAUCUAAUAAAAGGACUACGGUUGCGCUUUGAAGGGCAACGACUACUUCCUGCGUUAACACAUGCUAAACCACAGGCUUCGUCUAGCGCUGUCCGGUGUCUUACAAAAACAGCCUCACCUCAACGCACAUUAGGAUGCGCAAAAGGUUUUGUCCAUAAAGUUAAGCUCGCCGGUAAUACUGUUCCGGUUCGCCAAAAACUACGACGCUUGCCUUUGUCAGUUCGUUCUGCUGUUUCUAACGAGUUGGACCGCCUCCUCAAAGAAGGCAUAAUUGAAAAAAUUGACGCGUCACCCUGGGUAUCGCCGAUCGUUGUCACGUUAAAGAAAACUGGUGGCAUCCGUUUAUGUGUCGAUCUCAGAGAACCCAAUAAGGCCAUUGUGACAGACAGUUAUCCCCUGCCACACAUGGACGAGCUGCUCUCGUCACUUACCGGGGCUACACUAUUCUCUACUGUGGACCUCCAAAGCGCAUACCACCAGGUCAUGUUGCACCCUGAUAGCAGAGACUUAACUUCCUUCAUCACGCACGAUGGACUAUUCCGGUUCUGCCGAGUACCAUACGGCCUGGCUUCGGCCCCGUCUGCGUUUCAAAAGAUGAUGUGCACUAUUUUACAGGACUUACCAAAUGUGGCAAACUAUUUGGAUGACAUAAUAAUAUGGGGACGCACACCUGAGGAACACGAACGUUCUCUGCAAGGCGUUAUGCAACGAUUACGAGAUGCUGGAUUGCAAAUUAAUGAAUCAAAAUGUCAUUUCAGACAAACCAGUUUACAGUUCCUGGGCCACACAGUCACAGCACAGGGUAUCCAGCCUGACAAGCAACAUCUAUGUGCAAUCUUACAGGCACCAGCUCCCACGGACGCAGUUCAAUUGCGCUCUUUUCUGGGCUUGUUAUCAUGGUAUAGUAAAUUCAUACCUAAUUUUGCCUCCGUUGUGGAACCAUUACGCGCCUGUUUGCGGAAGGAUGCGGAGUUCAGAUGGUCAAAUGAGGCUCAAGACAGCUUUUCUGAGGUGAGACAGUUAUUGGUUAAUAGUCCUGCUUUGGCUCUUUAUAACCCUGACCUGCCUACAAUCAUUUCGACGGAUGCGUCGGAUUACGGCCUCGGAGCCGUUUUUUCACAAAUACACCCAGACAAGUCCGAGCGCACUGUGGCGUUCGCGUCGAGAACCCUCACCACACCCGAACGAAAAUAUUCGACUGUGGAAAAGGAAGCCCUCGCAUGCGUCUGGGCAGUAGAGAAAUGGAGGACGUAUUUGUGGGGGCGGACAUUUACAUUACGCACAGACCAUCAGGCAUUAACCACUUUGCUAACUACAAAAGGGGGUGACCGUGCGGGAAUGCGUAUAGCGCGCUGGUCCGCGCGCUUGUUAUGUUUCAACUACGAAGUACAGUACCGGCCGGGCUGCCAUAAUUCAACCGCGGACUGCCUGUCCCGUCUUCCUCUGCCUUCUGAGGCUACGUGCCCUGAUUCGGACAUUGAGCCUGAACAAGUAGCUUUGCUUACUUCUGCGCUGACGGCUGUGACACCAGAAGAGUUUGCUACUGCAUCUGCAUCCUGCCCGGAGAUGUGUGCGUUGCGCGCGCAGAUACAAAAAGGCUGGCCGCGUUCCUCUUCACAUGUGGACCCCCUCUUGCUGCCAUUCUACAAACUGAGAAAUGAACUGGCUGCAACGGAUGACCUUAUUCUAAAGGGAUCACGUUUAGUCGCGCCUGCUUUGUUACGUCAUAGACUGGUGAUGCUCGCGCACGAGGGACAUCAGGGUAUAGUGCGCACAAAGCAACGCUUACGUGAUUUAUAUUGGUGGCCGCGGAUGGACGAGUCUGUUACAUGCUUUAUUUCAUCCUGCCAGCUGUGUCAGGUUUCGGAUAAAACUGCUAAACUCAAUUCUGCUCCACUGCAACCUGUUCCCUUCCCGGCCGAGCCAUGGCGUAAAGUUGCAAUGGAUGUGGUAGGUCCAUUUGAAUCAGCUACCUGGGAUUGCCGCUAUGCUCUGACACUGAUAGAUUAUCACAGCAAAUGGCCUGAAGUAGCGUUUGUGUCUUCAGUGAGCGCAUCGCAAGUUGUUAAUUUCCUCACAUCAGUGUUUAGUCGGCACGGAAACCCGGAGUGUAUAGUAACGGAUAAUGGACCUCAAUUUACAGCGGCGGAAUUUUCCGCCUUUCUUAAGUCAAGGGACAUUGAUCAUGUGCGUACGCCUGUGUACCAUCCGGCUGCUAAUGGAGCAAUAGAGCGUUUUCAUAGGGUUCUCAAGAGUUGCAUUCAGUCGGCCAUAAUUGAGUUAAAACCUUGGAAAAUGGCUGUCACUGAAUUUCUUCACGUCUACAGAGCAACUCCUCACUUCACUACUGGAGUGACCCCCUUUGAAUUGCUGCACGGAAGGAAAAUGCGCACUCGUUUGGACGUAUUGGCCCCGCUGACAUCUGGUGCGAAGGCGCGAACGGGUAACAGCGCGACAAGCAAAAAUGAAGCAAUGGUUUGA